CACCGAGCCCAAUCAAUCUUUGAAAUAAGAAAAAGGCAGUGAGAAGAACAUUGAAACCACAGCCAGAACAGAAAGAAUAAGAUAUCAGCAACCAAGUCAGAAAGUAGCAUCAGAGGUGUGUGGAACGAAAAACACAAUGUAACAAGUUUUUCCAACCCACUCUCGCUCCCUUUACUCCAAAACUCCCAGGUCAAAAGAAAAAGGCAGUGGGUUACUAUAAGUAAAACCCCAAUGGCCAGGAUGGCAGCACAGUAGGUGGAGGCCCCAUCCCGCCUGGGUGAUCGCGUUUGCAUCCCGAGACGAGCGACAGCAGGGUCGUGGGCUUUGAAGAGGGGGGAGGGCAGAGCGCGCGGGCACCGAAUCCGACCGACGCCCCAUGUCCCAAUCCCCCCGCCGUUAUCUUCUUGGCGGAACCCAAUGCCCUCCUCGAUCCUCCCCUCAUCCCAAUUCCGCCUCAUCUCUUCUACCUUCUAUUAUUACUAUUAUUAUUCCCUUCCCACUGCUCUCUUCCAAUUCCAACCUCCACACUCUUCUUCCCCUCCUGCUCCCACAAACACCAAUAAUCCCAUGCACAGAGCAAUUUCCCCUUGUUUUUUCUGAUGGCCUUCUCAUCUUGCCUCCUCCUCCCUCCUCCCUCCUCAUCCCAUGAUCCUCCCAACUUCUCCUCUAUACCUCAACCCACCACUAUUUCUACACCCCCCCUCCUCCCCCACUCCCAACAACACCAACACCACCACCACCAACAACAACAACAACUAGAACCAGAAGAACUGCUCUUUUACUUGCACCUACAACAGCAGCAGCAGCGCCUACUACAACACCACCAAGAAAAGUUAGACAAAAUGGUGCGCAAGCGUCCCGCCUCCGAGCUCGACCUCCAGGCCGAGUCAUCCGCUUACCCCAACCCCACCCGCCUCACCCGCCGUGGCAACAACUCCUCGGCCUCGGCCGCCCUGCCCCCCGGUUUUAUUGGCGAUCUCCAAGCCCAAUCGCCUCUACUGUUUGAGCCGAGUCUCAACCCCAACCCUCCUACCGUUCUCUUACCCGGCGCUGGCCCGAGCACUCUCUUGCAGUCGCUGCCGCCUCAGUUGCCGGCUCCGCCCGCCGUGUGCGGGUUCCCCGGGCCGCCGCUGUUCCCGUCCGAUGCGGAGCGGGGAGGAGGGUCGGGUGCCGAGGGGCUGCAGCUUUUGGGUUCGUCCGGCAUUGGUGGGUCCUCCGACGACGGGAGCGGCGACGCCGCCGCGGCAACGGCGUGGAUAGAUGGGAUCAUUCGGGAUUUGAUCAGCAGCGCCACGGCGGAGGUGUCCAUCCCCCAGCUCAUCCACAACGUUCGCGAGGUUAUCCAUCCGUGUAACCCCGGCCUCGCUGCCGUCCUCGAGUACCGCCUCCGGUCCUUGACGUUGGUUCCGCCGGCUUUGCCGGCGCUUCCAUGCGGCGGAGCACCGGAGCCGUCUGAGAAGCGGAGGCGUCCGGCUCCGGUGCUGCCGGAGCUACGGCCACCGCUGAAGAGAAUCGAUCCAUCGCCGUCCUUCCAGUCCUCCGCCGCCGGAUCGUCCAGCCAGCACCUCCCUAGCUGGGAAGAACCCAAUCCGAAUACAAAUCCCAGCUAUUCCCGGCUCCCCAAUCCCCAGCAACCCCAGCCGCAGCGGAGCUCGGCGUCCGCCUCCUCCGACGAGGCCACGGCGGCGACAGCUGCCGCGGCCGCCGCGGCAGCGAAGGAGAGGAAGGAAGAGAUCCGCCAGCAGAAGCGCGACGAGGAGGGGCUCCACCUUCUCACCCUCCUCCUCCAGUGCGCGGAGGCGGUGGCCGCAGACAACCUGGAGGAAGCGAACCGCCUGUUACUGGAGAUCUCGGAGCUGUCGACCCCUUUCGGCACCUCCGCCCAGCGCGUGGCUGCCUACUUCUCCGAGGCGAUGUCGGCCCGCCUCGUGAGCUCCUGCCUGGGUCUCUACGCGCCACUCCCCUCCGUCCCCCACCGUUCCCGCCUCGUCUCGGCCUUCCAGGUCUUCAACGGCAUCAGCCCCUUCGUCAAGUUCUCCCACUUCACCGCCAACCAGGCCAUCCAGGAGGCGUUCGAGCGCGAGGACCGCGUGCACAUCAUCGACCUCGACAUCAUGCAAGGCCUCCAGUGGCCGGGCCUGUUCCACAUCCUCGCCUCGCGCCCCGGCGGCCCGCCACGCGUCCGUCUGACCGGUCUCGGGUCCUCCAUAGAGGCGCUGGAGGCGACGGGGAAGAGGCUGUCGGACUUCGCGCAAACACUUGGUCUGCCGUUCGAGUUCUGCCCGGUGGCGGAGAAGGUGGGGAAUCUGGACCCGGACCGGUUGGGGGUGAACCGGAGGGAGGCGCUGGCCGUCCACUGGCUCCACCACUCGCUCUACGAUGUCACGGGCUCUGACACCAAUACACUGUGGCUUCUCCAGCGGCUGGCGCCGAAGGUGGUGACAAUGGUGGAGCAAGACCUAAGCCAAACAGGCUCGUUCCUCUCCCGGUUCGUGGAGGCCAUCCACUACUACUCCGCCCUCUUCGAUUCUCUGGGCGCGAGCUACGGCGAGGACAGCCAGGAACGGCAUAUCGUCGAGCAGCAGCUCCUUUCCCGCGAAAUCCGCAACGUGCUCGCCGUCGGCGGGCCGGCGCGCACCGGCGAGGUCAAGUUCGGCAACUGGAGAGAGAAGCUCAGCCAGUCCGGUUUCCGCGUCAUCUCCCUCGCGGGCAACGCUGCCGCCCAGGCCACCCUCCUCCUCGGCAUGUUCCCCUCCGAUGGCUACACCCUCGUCGAAGAGAACGGCACUCUCAAGCUCGGCUGGAAGGACCUCUGCCUCCUCACUGCCUCGGCCUGGCGGCCCAUCCACCCUCCUCCCUCCGCCACCACCACUACCACUCUUUGCACCUCCCGGUAGUUGGUUUGGUUCAAAAGGAGACCAACUUGGUUACUUGCCCACUGGGGCUUCAUAGCUAGAAACCAGCCGGCCGACCACCUAUCUUUCUUUGUGUAUACGAGACGGAUGUUUUGCUCGAUGAGAGAGCAGUGAAUGGGUGAAAAGCACAUUGUGUUAGUGUGGUCUUUGCUGUGAGUGCUACAAAUGAGGUAGAGGGCUGCAUUGGUUUUUUCAAUCUCCUACGGUUAUUUCCAAUGAGGGGUCCUUUUCCCUCUCUCUCGAUGCUAUUGUUUUUUUUUAAUCCCAAGAAAGAGAAAGGGAAAUAAAUGAGUUGUCUCUGUGUU